AUCCAGGGAAUCAAACCGUGGGAGGGUACUAUGAUACCACUACACCAGAUGCGCUUUUUGUUUCAUAUACCCAUUUAUACAAAUUUAUCCGCUAGUCACAUCUCAAUCGCAAAUACAUAUUCUACACACGCGCAUCGUCAAAAAAAAAAAUCCCCAAAUUCGUUUCCUCCUGCGAUUCAAAAUCCCUCAAAACACGAUCUUUGAUCUUAUUGAGAUUCCAAUCGAAUCGAGAGAGAAGCCAGCUAUGGAUAACAGCAGCAGCAUCAAUUCCACAGCCUCCGCCGCCUCGAAUCUGAGCACGGCUUCCCUUGAAAAGCUCGAUCAAGCCGCGAGCUGGGUCAGCACCACCGUUAUAUCCGCCUUCUUCGCCUCCCUCGAGCGUUGCUCCUGCGUUAAUCUUUCUACCUCUGAUGAUGACGACGAAGGCGAAGAGUCUCACAACCGUCCCCUUGCUCUCUCCGCCGCUACUCACCCAGACGACAUCGUUUAGCCUCUCUCUCUCUCCUUCUUGAUUCUUCGGGUAAUCCUUUUUUAUUUUUUGGGGGGUUUCUAUUAAUCGGCGAUGUGGGUCUUGUAGGAAUGUGUCUCCGAUGUAUGAUACUUUGGAAAAGAUCAGAACUUUUGAUUGUAUAUGCCAGAUUUGGUGUUUGAUUGUGUUACUCUCUCCCUUCAUAUGUUUAUGUGUAACCCUGACCCGUGUUUGAUACGGAUUUGGUUGUGAUUUGUGAAGUUUUAUUUAUAUAUAUGCUUUGCUUUUGAAUUU